UCUACAUUGUCAAAGGUUAAUGUUUAUGGCAAAAAAAACAAUAAUUAUGUGUACGAGUAUAAAACAAAGACGAAUCUGAAAUCUGGCUUUUUGAUAGUUGUAAUAAAUAAAUACAGUGGAUACGUCGAGUUCGAAAAAAGGUAAGUGCCUUCCCUCAACAAUCUCGUUACCAAAAAACUUACUAAAUGAAACACAUAUUAGCUGAUAAGGUCCUGAACCAUGCUGCGUCAUCGUCAAAUAGAAACAGGAGUUUUCUACAUGGCAGCAAUUACUUAAAAACUACUUGAAGUACCUGGAUUCAGGAUUCACUACUUCGUUGUUUCAUAAUCAAAUAUUAAGUUAAAUAUUUCCCCCUACUUGGCGUUUAUAAUAUGGAGACAUUCUGUUUAUUGUAAAAUUGGAUACUUGUACUUCAAAGGAAAUACUCAAAGAAUAGACCAACUGGGUUUUCAGGCAGAAAAGAGUAUUUAUUACAAUAUAGUUCAGCACGACGGCUAUGUAACCUUGAUAUCCCAUACAUCUUUAAAGAGUGAUGUUGAAAAUAAACAAUAUCCUUAUUAUCGGUAUAAUAAAACCAAAACCUUUAUGUGUGGAGCAUUUACCAUAGGAAGGCGUUCAUUUACACUUUGUUUUGGAAUGUAAAUAUAUUUUUUGCUCAGCUAGAAGUUUAUAAAAGGAAAUAAUGUAUAAUUUUGAAAAUCUUAAUGAACAGUCAAAUGAAUGACUUUCCUGAUAAGCAGCCAAAUGUGCUCUCUGGUGAGAAGUGGGUAGCGGAAACGGGAAAGGAAAGGCUUUGUCGAUGUUAGCCCUUUCUUUUGACACUCUAACUAGUUUGGUCUCUUGAUUCAUCGAUAGUUUUGAGAUAGCCAGUAUCAUUUGCUAAUCUUGUAUGAAUUUUAAGACAAUAACCAAAUCUUUUAAAUCUAAUAAUCUAUCUUGUGCAUUUUAAGACCAUAAUGUUUCUUGUAUGAAAUGACCCUUUCGAUCGAAUAUUUGAAAGCGUUCAGUGAUACAAUUAGACCUUGCCUUUCCUAUUGCAUAUAAUGCUCUACCUGCUUUGGUCUCAACUUUUCUCAUCACAAAGCAAAUUAUUCUUCUAGUUUUGAUGCCACUGUUGCUAAUUCUUCGGACACUAAAAAGCUGGCUAGGUUUCUAAAUGAACUUCCCCAAGAAAGGAUAGUCCUCGGUGGUGUUUACAAAGACGGCCAGGUUGGCACAGAUGAGUCGAAUCCUUGGAGAGGCAAUGCACAAACUUUACUAUGGAGGAGCAUAUUUUUUUCAGGGACACACACGUCUAAGAGAUGACAAAAAUCCUCCAGAUUUCCAAAAAGCUCUAGAACGGAAACGAGGACCUGGCAUUUAUCAAACGCUGGCAGCAGUUACGCCAAAUGUGGUCAACAUAAAAAUUUCUUCUCUUGGUUGUGACGAUCCUGGGCCUCACCGCCCGAAGCAGGAGGUGUGCCAUGACGUUUUAAAUACAAUAGCAAUCAACGGAAUUAAUCAUUCGCCCCAGAAAGUCGGAUUGAACAUUGUAUUUAUGUCAAGAGAGCUUGGGCACGUAUUUGCUACCGAGGCAUUUGACUUCUCAAAGGACAAGAAAGAAGAAUCGAGGUUUGCCUCGUUUGUGUAUUCAUCACCCCCAAACACUAUCGUUCUGGGAUCUGUUAAGGGGGAUGCAAGCAAGAAUUUUGGUGUCAUGGGCUUGGAGGUCUUGCAAAGCGUUCUUGGCCGAACAGAUAUUCCAACUUUUAGACUAAGGUCAGCGUACACCUUUAUCGGUGUUCAUGGUGCAACUGAGGGUUUCCACGAAGAAGCAAGAAGCUUGAGACAGUUCAACACUGCAGAUAGGUACUUGGGCGGUGUCACAACUUCGAUCAGUUUACAGAUACAGCGAGAAAUCGAUGUCGAGAUUAUUUCGAAGUCAUGUGAGCCAGGCUCAUGUGCAACUUCAACUGGUGCAUUAUUUAAAAUAAAUGGGCAAGUCAUAGAAUCGAAAGGGCGUGGCUUUACAUUCCUUGCUCUCAAUGCUGCGAAUGGAAAGGCUGAACAGGUAUUACAUGCCGAUACACAUGGCACUGCGGUGGAACUUGAGGACGUUUUAAAGCCUGUUCCAAAAGUUAAAAUUUUGUUGGGUUUGGUUAAAGAAGAUGCUUUUAGGCGACUGACAGAAAAGUCUUUGAAAUAUUUGGAGGAGGUCUGGAUAGGAGAGCCAGUGGCGUUGAACGCGUUGUAUGACGCGUAUGCAUUCAUUGGCAUGAGCGUAGAAGUGAAACCGAACUGGCUGCAGCAGAAGAAGGCCCCUAAGACGACUGGCACUGCUACUAUCAAAACUAAAAUUCCCAUGGCAACAAGAGAGUGCUUCAGCCCAAAUAAUCCAAAAGAUGGCAAAGCCAAGCAGAGAAUAUAUGCACAUUAUGAAGAUGCUGAGUAUGAAUGUGGUGAUGGAACGAUCUUUUUUGGUGACCCCGACAAGUGUAUGGCAGAUGGAAGCUGGAGAAAAAGCGAGGACAAACCAGUUGAGUGUAGGAAAGAAAUUGAUGAAUGUAAAGAGGGAACUGCAAAGUGUCCACAAAAUUCAAACUGCAGAAAUCUUCCUGGGUCUUAUGAAUGUGUGUGUAAACCAGGGUAUGCGAGAAGCUUACACGGGAAAUAUUGCGUUUAUCGCAAUACUUGCGAAGAUUCCCAGUGUCUGAUACCAGAUACAAAAUGUGGCAUUGUUAACGGGAGCUUCACAUGCGUAUGCAACGUGGGAUAUGUUAUAAAAAACGAGGCAUGCGUAGAUCAAGACGAAUGCAUGCUUGAUACAUCCAGUUGCUCCCCGAGUGAAAUCUGUCUCAACACAGCCGGUUCAUAUCGUUGCAAAAAGUGCGCAUCUGGAUUCAUUGCAGAUCUAAAACACAAGUCAUGCACUGACUUAAAUGAAUGCAAACAGGGGAAAUCCUCAUGCAGCACAAAUCAAACGUGUGUUAAUACGGCUGGGUCUUACAACUGUGCUUGCAAGUAUGGAUUCAAAAAGACAUGGGAUAACAAUUGUGAGGAUAUAGACGAAUGCAUUGAAUCUGCCAAUGCGUGCCCAUUUGCGAAAAAUUGCCAAAACUCAAUUGGUGGGUUUGAUUGUUACUGUCCAACUGGGCUUCUUGACGUUCAAGAUGACUGCCUGGACCCUAUGAUCAUUGUCGUCAUCGCUUUUAGCAUUGCUGUAAUUGGAGUUAUCAUUUUUGCUCUGGCUUGGUUCUUCAAAAAAUGGAAGAGAGGCAAAUCAAGGAAGUCUCUGGAAGGGCUCAUCCCAAAUGAAGAGAUCGAUCAUGAAAUCGACCCUGAUGAUUAUUUUGAAAAGUCGAACAAUUUUGUUGAAUGAUACAAAUAUUGUAAUGUAAAUGUUGUACUUUGAAUUGAUAUUUAGGUAUAAUUGUGUAGCCUAGUACAAUUUUAUUGCACUAGUAAUAGACAAAAGGCUGUUAUUAACGAGAUCUUGCAUUAUUGCUUUUUGAGAUGCCUCAUAAUUUAACGCGAAGGUAAUGGAAAGCAAUGUUAUUUGAUGCAGACACAAUGUAAUACAAUAUAGUACAGAAAAAAUCACUCUAUUGUGGAUUCAUGCGAUACUUACUUGAAAUACUGAAAAAGUAAAUAUCUCGUGAGUCAGCAUAUUGUAACACGCAGUCUUAAUUGGAACACGUGGUUCUAUCAGACAAGUUUUCGAUGAUUAUAAGCAGAAAACUACCUGAAAAAUGAACUACUUGACUGGACUACUUGGAGAAAAAGAGCAUUCCCUUUUGUUU